AUGGUAUUUAUACGUGAUUUAAAACGUGAAUUUUUUGAAUUUAUAUCUAAACAACAACGUCGUUUACUUGUCUUUGUUCAUCUUGAUGUUGAUAGUUUAUGUGCUUGGAAAAUUUUUCAACAUUUAUUACAAUGUGAACAUAUUAUAUAUACAUGUUUACCAGUUUUAUAUAAAUAUGAUUUAGAAAAUGGUCAUAUACAACAUAUUAAUAGUGGAAUUAAAACAAUUAUAUUUAUUAAUUGUGGUUCAACACUUGAUUUAUAUGAUUUUUUAUCACUUGAUUCAAUUAAUAAUAAUAAUAAUGAUGAUGAAAAUAAUUUAACAUUAUUUGUCUUAGAUAGUUUACGUCCAAUUGAACAUCGUAAUAUUUAUGAUUCUAAACAAAUUCGUUUACUUAUUUUACCAAAUAAAAUUGAUAUAGAAAAAAAACGUGUACCACAAUAUGAAGAAUUAUUUCAUGAAAUAUAUGAUGAUGAUGAGAAUGAUGAUGAUGAUGAGAAUGAAGAUAAUGAUGAUGAUAAUCAAAGUGAUGAUGAAAAUAGUACAAAUAUGAGAAUUGAAAGUAUAGAAACAAGAAAUAAAAGACUUAAACGACAAUGGUUAAAAAGACGUGAUAAAGCAUUAGCAAAUUAUUAUAAAUAUCGAACACAUUCAUAUUCAUCAGCAUUAAUUAUGUUUGAAUUAGCUUAUUUAUUAUCAAAAGAUACAAAUGAACAAUUAUGGUAUGCUAUUAUUGGUGUAACUGAACAAUUACUUCAUGGACGAAUUGAUCGUGAUUUCUAUAUGGAACAACUCAAUAUUCUUCAAAGUCAUGUUCUUCGUCUUAAUCAUAAUCAAAAUUCUAUAAUAAAUUCUAAUGAUGAUAAUAAUAAUACAUCAAUAAUAAAUUCUAAAUUAUCAAUGGAUUGUAUAAAUAUAAAAUUUGAUGAAGAUAUUAAUUUUCAUUUAUUACGUCAUUGGUCAUUAUAUGAUUCAAUAUAUUAUACACAUGAUAUGAUUAUAUCAUUUAAAUUAUGGUCAUCACGUGGUUUAUCACAAUUAAAAGAAUUUCUUGCUGAUUUAGGUAUACCAAAACGUGAAUAUGAACAAUAUUAUCGUGAUAUGAAUAUAAAAUAUAAAUUAAAUAUUAAAAAACAAAUAUUAAAUAAACGUUUACAAGAUAAAUAUCAUUAUACAACAAAUACAAUUAUAUUACCAACAUUUUUAUUAACAAGUGGUUUUACAUUAAAAUUAUCACCACAAGAUAUUGUCUAUUCUGUUAUGUCAACAUUACAAACAUCAUCAUCAACAACAACAACAACAACAUCAACAUCAAUAAUGAUUGAUUUAACUCAAUGUUUUUCAUUAGCAUUAUCAUGUUUAAAUUAUAAUCAAUUAGAACAAUAUAUAAAUGGUAUUGAAUUAGAAAAAAUUUAUACAAAAAAAAAACAUUAUUUAAUUGAAACAUUAUUACAAUCAGAUAAAAAUUUAACAUUUAAUAAUACAAUACCAUUUAUAUUACUUAAAUUUGAUCAAAAUAUGUUUAAUUCAUCAAUAAUAAAUGAUAAUAUUAAAUCAUAUGAAUUUUUUACACAUCCAUAUCAAACAUAUUUAUUUGCACGUCAUGCAUUAAAUAUAUUAAUAUCAUAUACAUCAUCAUCAACAAAUAUAAUUAAAAGAAAAAAAUCAAAAUAUUUAAAAAAUUUACCAUUAAUAUUAAUAGCACCAUAUUCAUUAACAAAUAAAGAACAUGAAUUAAUUGAAAUUGUUGUUGGUGUACCAUCAUUUAAUAAUAUUAUGAUGAAUUCAUUUUCAACAUUAUUUGAAACAGCUGAUCGUCGUUGUGGUAAUGUUGCUAAAUUUGUAUUUUUUGAUCAUUCUGUAUUAUUAUUACAAGAACAACAUCGACAAAAAUUUAUUGAUGCACUUAUGUUUGUACUUGCAAAAUAA